ACGACCCGAAAGCGGAAGAAUGACUACCACUGGAUGUUGACGAUGGCUUGGCGCCGAUGCACAACAGGGUCGUGCGUAAAUUUCUUGUGCAUUUCUACUGGCCUGCGUAUCCACCCUUUACGUACGCCUUCCGAAUGAACGAGAGAACGAUCGUCGGAGGGAAAGGGGCCUUCAACAACAGACGGAAAUCAGCGAACGUCGUCAUGGAUUAUCUUAACGACCGGUUCGAGUAUAUGACUGGUGAAAACGCACCACCACUUACUUAUGUUCCAGGCGUGGAACUCCGAGACGACACUAAUCGGAAGUACUUUCUCGAUGGACUCUUGCCUCUGGGAACCAAUUGCAAUAACUUUCUUGUUCGUCUUCGCUGGGGCAAUAUCACCAACUAUCCUCGGCUCUGAUUGACCUGUGGACUGGACAGCUGGGCUUGGUUGCUCGUUCUGCUACAAUCUCUGUAUGACUUAUAACUAUGCUAUGAAAUUCGCAAGUCUUCUUCUGUUGUCUUCGAUGGCUAGUGUCUGGUUCUCGAGUCUUGAAACUGUUACUUAAUGACAGCGGUCGCAAGUGGAACCUUACUUGACUAGGUGCUUCGCUUCUCUUCUCUUCCACGUCUUAACCGGCCUUUCUGUCAUACCGAACUUGGAACCACGCUGUUCUUCCAAUACCAUAUCCACUGCCUUUACACAUUAGCCUGUCGUUCUUUCAGUGCUGAUGACUCAAUGUGCAAGGUUUUAUUCACUUCAAUAAAGUGAACCCCAAUCC